CGUUUGGGCGUAUCCAAAACUGUGUACGUAAGCUCUUGCGUUCACCGUGAGGAAACAGGUCUACGGUGGCUGUUCCGUGAGAAGUUCUCAAUUUUUUUCAGCAAUGAGUCAAGUGGCAGCGGAAAGUACGGCCGGCCUGGACCAGCAAUGUCCUGGAAAACUAGAAGAUAUGUUUGGAUCACCUGAGACUGGAGUUAAAAUUGACUGUGAGCAGCCAAAUGGGCUAUAGGAUUUGAACCCUGAAGCCUCUGGAAGAGGAGCCAGUGCCCUUAAUUAAUGAGCAAUCUGUCCAGCUCCCUAAAAGGUUGCAUUUAGUAAAUGUUUGUUGGUCUUGACCUGAAAUCAUCAGAUAAUCAGAAUGGAGGAGGAAAUACAGAGAGCAAAGGGCGCUAUAUACCUCCUCACUUAAGGAACAGAGAAACAUCUAAAGGGGUCUGUGAUAAGGACAGUUCAGGAUGGAGCUGUAGUAAAGAUAAAGAUGCCUACAGCAGUUUUGGAUCUCGUGAUUCCAGAGGGAAGCCCAAUUAUUUCAGUGAUCGUGGAAGUGGAUCCAGGGGAAGGUUCGAUGAUCAUGGUCGAAAUGACUAUGAUGGUAUUGGUGGUCGUGACCGAACUGGAUUUGGCAAAUUUGAACGGAGUGGUCAUAGUCGUUGGAGUGACAGAUCAGAUGAAGAUGACUGGUCAAAACCACUUCCACCAAGUGAACGCUUAGAGCAAGAACUUUUUUCUGGAGGAAACACAGGGAUUAACUUUGAGAAAUAUGAUGAUAUACCAGUAGAAGCAACUGGAAAUAAUUGUCCUCCUCACAUUGAAAAUUUCAGUGAUAUUGAGAUGGGAGAAAUUAUCAUGGGGAACAUUGAACUUACUCGUUACACUCGUCCUACUCCAGUGCAAAAACAUGCUAUUCCAAUUAUUAAAGAAAAAAGGGACUUAAUGGCUUGUGCUCAAACAGGGUCUGGAAAAACUGCUGCAUUUCUACUACCCAUUCUCAGUCAGAUUUAUACAGAUGGUCCAGGAGAGGCUUUGAAGGCUAUGAAGGAAAAUGGAAGAUAUGGUCGCCGUAAACAAUACCCAAUCUCCUUGGUGUUAGCCCCAACAAGAGAAUUGGCUGUGCAGAUCUAUGAGGAAGCCAGAAAAUUUUCAUACCGAUCUAGAGUCCGUCCUUGUGUAGUGUAUGGUGGUGCUGAUACUGUUCAGCAGAUUCGGGACUUAGAACGUGGAUGCCACUUGUUAGUUGCCACACCAGGACGUCUAGUGGACAUGAUGGAAAGAGGAAAGAUUGGAUUAGAUUUCUGCAAAUACUUAGUAUUGGAUGAAGCUGAUAGGAUGCUGGAUAUGGGAUUUGAACCUCAAAUACGUCGUAUAGUUGAGCAGGACACAAUGCCACCAAAGGGGGUUCGUCACACUAUGAUGUUUAGUGCUACUUUUCCUAAGGAGAUACAGAUGCUUGCUCGUGACUUUUUAGAUGAAUAUAUCUUUCUGGCUGUAGGCAGAGUAGGAUCUACUUCUGAGAACAUCACACAGAAAGUAGUAUGGGUUGAAGAACUAGACAAACGGUCAUUUUUACUUGAUCUCUUAAAUGCAACAGGGAAGGAUUCAUUGACUUUAGUAUUUGUGGAGACUAAAAAGGGUGCAGAUUCGCUGGAGAACUUCUUAUUUCAAGAAAGAUAUGCGUGUACUAGUAUUCAUGGAGACAGAUCACAGAAAGAUCGAGAGGAGGCCCUUCACCAGUUUCGCUCAGGGCGAAAGCCAAUUUUAGUGGCUACAGCUGUGGCAGCAAGAGGUCUAGACAUUUCAAAUGUGAAACAUGUUAUCAAUUUUGAUUUGCCAAGCGAUAUUGAAGAAUAUGUGCAUCGAAUUGGCCGCACAGGACGUGUAGGAAACCUUGGACUUGCCACCUCUUUUUUCAAUGAGAGGAAUUUGAACAUCACAAAAGAUUUGUUAGAUCUCCUUGUUGAGGCUAAACAAGAAGUGCCUUCUUGGUUGGAAAGUAUGGCUUAUGAACACCACUACAAGGGAAGUAGCCGUGGACGUUCUAAAAGCAGAUUCAGUGGAGGAUUUGGAGCCAGAGACUAUCGACAGAGCAGUGGUUCUGCAAAUGCUGGAUUUAAUAGUAACCGUGCCAAUAGCAGCCGAAGUAGUGGUAGUAGCCACAACAGAGGAUUUGGUGGAGGUGGCUAUGGAGGUUUCUACAAUAAUGAUGGUUAUGGAGGAAAUUAUAACUCCCAGGCAGUUGACUGGUGGGGCAAUUGAAUUUGUAUCAUUAUUUCAUACAGCUAAUAUGGAAACCACAUGUAACUUAGCCAGACUGUAUUGUGUAGCUUCAAGAACUUGCAGUACAUUACCAGCUGUGAUUCUUCUAAAAGUUCAUGAGAGCUCAAAGUCACAAGAAAUUAAGCAACAACCUGUAGCCCUAUUCAAAGUUGAUGAGAAAAAUUUUUGUAACUGGAUUAAUUCACUUCCUGCUUGGUUGUACCCUAAACAGCAUUUAUAAUUUGUGAGUGAGGAUCAUUUGUUAAUGUACUAUGACUUUUAACUUUAAACAACUUAUUUAAUGUCCUGUUGUCUCAAUAAUGCUCAAGAUAUAAAUUGUUUUAAUAAGUUAAUUGAAUUUUGGCUACAAGCAAACCUUGGCACACAAGUGUAAUACACCUUAAUAGGAAUCAAUUCAUUGCUAAGUAUGAUGGUGAAUGAACUUAUCCUGGAUAAUAAAUUUUUGGUAUAUGCAGAGUUGUUGGUAAAACUUCUUUUUUAAGUUUGUAAUGUGGCAGACAUACAAAACUAAAGUUCUGAACUGCUCACUAUAUCCUGCAUUGACACUUAGAACCUUAAAGUAUUAAAUAUAUGAUUAUAUAUGGUUAUAUCCUUUAUUUUCAAAAGCACUAAUGCAGAUAACUACAGUGAUUCCUCAUUUACUGUUUUAAGUAAUUUAUAUUGGCAUACUCCUACAUGAAAGUUUAAAAUUUUGGUGAAGAAUUUGGGAUAUAAAGUUUAGGUAUAUUUAAUGCCUGCCAUGCAUAAAAAAUGGUAAAUUACUAGGUGACUAUGGCAAUGACCAGACCUUAUUAAAGCUUUGUUAAUUCUGGUCUUUAAUGCAUGCUAGUGUUGGUGUUUUUUGGUCAAGAGAGUAUGAACAGAUUAUGCAGCAGCAGGCUUUACUUUUACACAGUCAGGUUUUUCUGUAACAACUAUGUUGAAAUGUAAAAAUAAAAUAAAAUAAAAUAAAAAAGGCUUACAUACAUACUAUGUAAAUAUAAGAAUAAAAAAUUGAAAUUGCUGAGAUCUCACAGGUUGGAUUUAUGUACUAAUUAUACAUGAUGGUCAGUACAGUGCAGUUUUCAUCUAUUUUCGUUGCAUAGGUUUCCAUUGUAUUAUAGUCAUAUUUUAAUUGGCCAAAAAUGAUUGUCCCUCACAAAAAAUGCCUUUUCCUUUGAGAAUUUCCUGGAAAGAAUACAAUAAAUUUAAAAACGUAAGUCCUUAAAAAUACUAUAAGUUGAUAAAUUUUUCUAAAAGUGCAAUAGAUUUUCAAGUGUAUUGUGCCUUGUAUUAAAAUUUUAAAGUAGGUGUACUUGACAGUAUUAUCAAGGUCAUUUGUUACGGUGCUAUUUCAAUUAUAGAAGUUUAGACUGUACAUUGCCCAUAACUUUUUACAAAGUACUUAUUUUAUUGCACAUGAAGAGAAUUUUAUAUGUGUAUCUUAUGUACAAGUCCUUGAAGUUCCAAUUGGAUAUUGUUGAUUACAGUGUGUCAAGAACUUGGUUCAGAAAAUUUUCCAUGGACCAUAGAAUGAUAGUUAAGAAAAACUAUUUGCAGCCUGAAGUGGUGGCACACGCCUUUAAUUGCAGCACUCAGGAGGCAGAGGCAGGUGGAUUUCUGAAUUUGUGGCCAGCCUGUUCUGCAUAGUGAGUUCCAGGACAGCUAGGGCUCUACAGAGAAACCUUGUCUCAAAAAACCAAAAAAAAGAAAAAAAAGAAAAAGAAAAAAAAGAAAGAAAAACUAUUUGCACAUAACAGACUUUUUGCUGCUAGGUUGUGUAAUAUUUAUUGAACAUUUUGACAAAUAUUUAUUUUUGUAAGCCUAAAAAUGAUUCUUUGAAAGCUUAAAGAAACUUGACCAAAAGACAGUAUUAAAAAAAACACUGGUAUUUGAUUGUCACUGUAUGUGAAAUAGUAUAUUUUGGGUAAUGUGAGCUUUUUAAUGUUAAGUUCUACUAAACUUGAGUCAAAUUGAUCUAACCCAGUAUUAGUGAUGUAGCUACACUAUUUUUCUUUUUUUCUUUUGACAAAAUGAAAGGCAAUUGGAAUAAUGAAAAUUUAAAACAUGCCAAGGUUUUGAUGUAUUUAAGAUAUUAGUGAAAACUAAAAAUUUUCUCAGUUUGUUUGAAUUUACCUUACUUACAUGAUCUAUUUGUUCAGUAUUGUAACUGUCUGGCAUAUUUAUAAUCUUCAAACAUGUGGUUAUAUCUUUGUAUUGCCAUAAUCAGUGAUGUUUUACAUUCAGUUUAUCAGCCAGCAAUACUUUCAGUAAAUAAUACACUAAAUUUGCUGACUGUAGACAUGGAACUUUAAGUUUCUAUAAAGUUAGUAAUUGCUUUAUUGUAUUAGUAUUAGGUGCUAGCACUGCAUAUGUCUGAUCUAUUCUCAUUUUAUUAAAAUAAAAAGUAUAGCAAAAUGUUUACUGUAACUUGUGACUUAAUGUUCUUGUGAACUUGCAUGCUUGAACUGUUGGAAAUCUCAUUUUUAGUUAAUAAAAGAAGGUAUUUGUAAAGUACACUGUUAUGUAUGUGUUUGCUUUUUAGUUAAUAAAAGAAGGUAUUUGUAAAGUA